GAGGCAGGCUCUUCUCGGCCAGCUGCGCUUUGCCCCGGCCGAGCCCGCCGCAAUGGCAUCGGUGCCCUCCGCCGGCUGCCUCUUGGCCAAGAACCAGUACUACAGAACACGGCAGAACUCAGAAUGCGGUGUUUCUUCCAGUUCCUCCUGCUGUUCUGAUCCAGUGAAUGUUACACACCAGGACAAAGCACUUCAUGGGUUACCCGAAUUACUUGAUAAAUGUUGGUGGAUAAAAAGCUUUUUCCACUGUGAACCAUCUCAACCAACUGUUGCCAGAAAAACACUGUCGGCAAGCAGUACCAACAGCUGAAUGACUGCAAACUGACUUUGGUCACUACAUACAGACUACUUUUUCAAGAGGCUUGGGAUCUUCUGGAUGUCUGGGCUCAGGUGUUUGAGGAACACAUCUCCCCUUUAAGAGGGAGAAAAGUAUAUUUUCAAAGGAGUUGUCAGUACCUUACAUUAUAAUGCUUAAUGGACAUGCCCAUGGCUUACCUUGUUCACUAUGGAAUUGCUAUAAUUUGAAAUGCCUCUAACAGAAGUUACCUGAAUAAAAUAUCCUAAUGACCUACUUGGAUUAUUAGAAAAAAUAUCAGUAAAAAGAUACUGUAGAUUUAGGAGAAAUAUGUGUAUGGAAUGACCUUGCAAUAGAUGAUACUGUUCCAUAAUUUUUAGCUUUAAGAUACAGCUCUACAGAUGUUUACACUGAUGUAAACAAGAUUCAAAUACAGUGGCCCUAGUCUGGACUCUGUGGUACAUGCUUUCACCAGGUAGCUGUGUUCCAGUUACAGGCAAUGAAGUUCACAAAAAGGCCUGUGCAUAGCUUGGCUUUUAAAAAGCCCCAUUAUACAAAGAAACAGUAAUCAGUUUGGUCUUUGUUCCAGCUAGGUAUGGAUCUUAACCUUAAAUACAAAGUUACAAUUUUCAUUCACAUCUGUGUGUUAGUAUUUGAGGACAGAAUUGAAGAAAUCGCCAAGAAAUCAAUCCUAAUGGACACUGUCCUCCAAGCAGAAGAGUAACUUUAAUCACAGUUGACAUCCAUUACCUCUGUUUUACUACUUAGACUACUCUUACCUGCUUUGCUGAAGCUUAGAGCUACUUGUUCUCAAAUGACUAAUCCUAUCAGUACUCACUACUGUCUGUCAGCUUAGUUUUAUCAGGUGGUAAAGCUGGCAAAUGUUCAGCUCAGUAAUCACAUUAAUGUUGUUAACCAAAUUCACCUCUGUCAUGAUUAUCUCUUGAAAAAUACCUUAACACAGAUUCAUUUGGUCUUUAACACUGCACAGCAGUACUGCACAGCAGUACAUCGCAGCUGCAUCAUAGCUUUGUUUAUGGUAUGAUUGAAAUGCAUUAGAGUAAAAGAAAAUAACAAAUACUUAACUGGAUGACUCUUUUCCUGUGUUCUUCUCUAAGCAACUUGAUGAGGUGCUGUCACUAAAUAUAUUUGAUCCUUUGUUUAUCACUGGAAUAAGUAACAAUAACAAACCUUACAUGUAUAUGUAACUCUCUGUUACAGAUUAAUUGUCAGUUAUGCAGAGAACUCUAGAAAGCACAGCAAGUGAAUGCCUCAAAGUUUAGUCUUGUUAGAGAUGAAUGUAUGG